AACCGCGCUCACUACACUCAAAAACCCUCGAUUUCUCAAAGACAGUGGAGGAAUCGAAUCGAAUCCUAUUCAAAACUUCAUCUUCGACCCAACUCAACACUUCUCUGCAUUUUCGAUCUCUGUUCAAUGGAAGACAACGAGGCCAAGAAAAGCGAGGUUGAGGCCGAUGGCCUUGGUCUUAUUGAUGUCGCUUCUGAAGACGAUAGCCUUCUCUUCUCCUCGUUUCCCGACCCAACCAGCUACGAAUUUUCCGAGACGAAUAAGGAUGAGAAAUGUUUGAAGGAUGACAAAGAUCUGAAUUUCAUGAUGGAUACACAUUACUGUGAUGAAGAAGAGAUACUGGUAUCUUCUGUUGAAGAGAAGGAAGAGGUGCUUCAACCUCACGAGUCUCCUGAACCUGAAAAAGUGAUGAAGAAAGGAAAGUAUAAUUUGCGUAAAAGUCUUGCCUGGGACAAUGCCUUCUUCACCAACGAAGGUGUUUUGGAACCCGAAGAGAUAUCCAGCAUGAUGGAAAGCAAUCAUAAGAGUGGAAAGAAAGCUUUACCGACUAUUGAAGAGGAUAUUAAUAGAUCUACCGAGUCCAUCUCUACAUUUCAAAGUGACUGCACUGUGGAAAACAGUCAGGAAUUUGUUUUGUUUGAAGAUGUAAGAGCGUCUAUUCAAAGGUCUGCUAAAGCAUCUGAUACUGCAACACCUGGAAGAACUAACGAACUGGGAGCAACAGAAGUAGCAAUUGGCACAACUAUGGGAGACAUCCUUACAUCUCAGGAAAAGACUAAACCCAAAGCCGGUCUUAGAAAUCAGAGUAUUAGAGCACAAGGACUAGGGAAGGCAAAACAGCCUGUUGCUCCAAGAGGUCUCAGUACAUCCAUUUCCAAGCCACCCAACGGACCCAGCAAAGGCAGGCCCUUGUCAACAGCAUCAACAAAUAGGACAUCAUUGGAAAUUAGCAAAACCAAGCAAGAAAAGAAUUCCAAGUUACCUGCGGGUAAGGAGCCUCUGGGUCCCAGAAUGCCCAUAUCACGACGUGCUAAAACCGUCUUGCCAAAAUCUGGUGUUCCCGUUAAAUCUUCUUUACGUUCUUCAGUUGCUUCAAAGAAUGAAAUGACCUCUUCAUGCUCUUCUCUAGAGAGUUCUGCCAGUGCUUCAUCUAGCGCUUCUCACAAGUCUUCUGUAGAUUCGAUAAAAAAGAAGAAUGAGUCAAGUUCCAGAUUAGCUUCCCAGUCAUUGGCAAAUCGAUCUACAUCUAGAGGUAUUAUGGGCCAACCGAGAAUCUCAUCCCACCCAACCAAUAAGACAACCAAGUCCAAGCUUCCCUCUCGUGUACCAUCUGUUGGUUCUAUUAGUGACUGUUCAUCAGAGUCAUCACGAGCUUCUGCUACUAGUAAUAUAGCUAAUGGUAACCAGAAAAUGGUCUCUGAUGACAAGGGUCCUCCUGCCAAUGAUAAUUCACUACAAACUGUGAAGCCUUUGAAGAACUCCAAAGAUGUAUCUGUUACCCAAGCUGAUGCUAAAGAAGUCACGAAACGAGUUUCAGCUAUGAACGGUGGUUCGGUUCCUCCAACUUCCAUGAAACCAUCAGGUCUUCGUGUGCCAUCACCAAAUAUUGGAUUCUUUGAUGGAGCCAGACAUGGAUCUGCAUCUGCCAGUAAGAAGUCUGGAAAGUCUCAACCCACAAGGUCUCCAAUACAAGAAGCGUCAAAUUCCAAAACUAAGGCAAGUUCAAAACUUGUCUCAGCCUCGUCUCCUAAACUGCCAAACAAAUUGUAUUCCAAAAUCAAUGCAGAAGAUCAACUCGAGGGAUGAUAGAGGAAUGAGAUGCAUGAAAAGAAUCAAUAGGUAUCCCAUACAAUGAAGUUAAGAUUUUUAAGUUUGUCUUUGGAAGAUAGGUAUUUCGCUGUAUGUUAGAUUCGUAUGUAAACCCCCAUCAACAAAAAGGCACAAAAACAAUAAUAUAUGAAAUUGUGCGUAAAGAAACUUGAGCUAGCGAGUUCUAGUAAUUAUUGAUAGUGAUCGAAUUAGUCGAAGCUUUAUAAGAUAUUGAAGCAUUACUUAUCAUUUUUGUUAAUCUGUGAA